AUGAGAAAUAUUUCUUGCUUACCUUUUUACUUUCUAAAGGGAACACAAGGACAAAUCCAUAUGGAGGAUGAAUCUCCUCCUUCUCAAGGAGUCAGUGUCAAGGUCUUGGAGGCAACAUUAUUGUCAGCCCUGAAGAUGCUGGAUGUUGGGAAAUGGCCAAUUUUUUCUCUCUGUUCCCAAGAGGAGCUCAAGUUAAUUCGUCAAGCCUGUGUAUUUGGCAGUGCUGGUAAUGAAGUUUUGUAUGCAACUGAAAAUGACGAGGUUUUUGUGCUUGGCAUGAACUGCAGUGGGUGUUUGGGAACGGGUGACAUGCAAAGCACUAUUGAACCAAGGAGGUUAGAUUCUCUAUGUGGCAAAAAGAUAGCCUGUCUGAGUUAUGGAAGUGGCCCUCAUGUUGUUCUUGCUACAGAAGAAGGAGAAGUGUAUACAUGGGGUCAUAAUGCUUAUAGUCAGUUGGGCAAUGGUACAACAAAUCAUGGUUUCGUUCCCUGUCAAGUCUCUACUAACUUGGUGAACAAGAAAGUCAUUGAAGUUGCCUGUGGCUCUCAUCAUUCUAUGGUGUUAACAUCUGACGGAGAGGUGUACACGUGGGGUUAUAAUAACUCAGGCCAAGUUGGAUCUGGUUCAACAGCUAAUCAACCGAUUCCUCGAAGAGUUACCAGCUGCCUACAAAAUAAAAUAGUAGUUAAUAUAGCUUGUGGACAGAUGUGCUCUAUGGCUGUGGUGGAAAAUGGAGAGGUCUAUGUCUGGGGUUACAAUGGUAAUGGCCAGCUUGGACUGGGCAGCAGCGGCAAUCAGCCAACACCGUGCCGAAUAGCAGCUUUGCAAGGCAUUCGUGUGCAGCGGGUUGCCUGUGGCUAUGCACAUACAUUAGUGCUAACAGAUGAAGGUCAGAUUUAUGCUUGGGGCGCCAAUUCAUAUGGCCAGUUAGGUACUGGGAAUAAAAGUAACGCGUCUUACCCUACAACAGUUGUUGUGGAUAAGGACAGAGUUAUAGAGAUUGCAGCCUGUCACUCUGCUCACACGUCGGCUGCCAAGACCCAGAGCGGCCAGGUGUACAUGUGGGGCCAAUGCCGUGGGCAGUCAGUGAUCCUUCCCCACCUCACUCACUUUGCCUGCACUGACGAUGUGUUUGCUUGCUUUGCUACCCCUGCCGUUAUGUGGCGUCUUCUGUCAGUAGAGCCUGAUGACCAUCUAACAGUAGCCCAGUCACUAAAGAAGGAAUUUGACAACCCUGAAACUGCAGACCUGAAGUUUCUAGUGGAUGGAAAAUACAUUCAUGUUCAUAAGGUUCUUCUCAAAAUUAGGUGUGAACAUUUUCGUUCCAUACUGAAUAAUGACGAUGAAAUUAUAGAAAUGAGUGAAUUUUCUUAUCCUGUUUACCGAGCCUUCCUGGAAUACCUGUAUACAGACAACAUUAGGCUCCCUCCUGAAGAUGCAAUAGGACUUCUAGAUUUGGCAACACUGUAUAGAGAAAACAGAUUGAAAAAGCUUUGCCAGCAAACGAUCAAACAAGGCAUUUCUGAAGAGAAUGCCAUUGCUCUUCUUUCCGCCGCUGUCAAAUAUGAAGCUCAGGACUUGGAAGAAUUUUGCUUCAGAUUUUGCAUAAACCAUUUAACUGUUGUUACACAAACUCAAGGCUUUGCAGAAAUGGACCACGACCUCCUGAAAAACUUCAUUAGCAAAGCAAGCAGAGUGGGGGCAUUCCGAAAUUGACGUCUGACUACCACCAAGCUGAAGAGCA